GCCCCUAGGCCGCGGCGGCGCAGCUGCCUGCGCGUCUCGGGCCCUGGGAGCGGCGCAGGCUCCGGAGUCGCCGAACUGUGCAAAAAAGGCCCGAAGAUGCGAGCCGGCCGCACGCCUUAGACAAUGAAGCCGCGGGCGCCGCCGCCCGCCCCGGGCCCUGCGCGCCGCGGCCGCACCUGCCGGCCAGACCGUCCCGGCUUCUGACUGCCCGCCCUCCCGCCGCUCCGCCCACCCGCCCCGCGGGCCCAUGGCUGGGCGCCUGGGACCCGGACCCCCGCACUCGUGCCGCGCGGCGCACGGGCCGGCGGGCGCCAGGGGCGCCAUCCCUGCAGCUUAAGCGCGGCCCUCGCGGCGAGCAGGGGGCGUGGGCCCUCUCCCCGCGCGCCCGCUCGCUCCGCCUCGCCCGGCGACUGCCCGAUCGCGCGUCCCGGCCCGCGGCGCUGGAUGCAGAGGAGCCCCGGCGGGCGGCGCGGCGGCUGCGGCCCCGGGCGACAUGUACCUGCUGGACGUCGGCGGCGAGCCCGCGUCUCCGCCCGCGGACGCGAUGCCGCGCGGGACGCCCCCCAGGAAGACCGUUUACCGCAUCUCCGUGACCAUGGUCAGGAAGGAGCAGCUGGCCGCCCCAGGCCCGGGUGGUCCCGACCCGCGUCCCACUCGGAAGCUCCGGCCCGGACGCUCCCCGGACGCGCCCGGGCGGCUGGUGGAGGAGGAGGAGGCAGAGGAUGCUGCGGCGGCCACUGAGGACCCAGAGGGCUGCCGGCCGCGCGCCUGGGACGUCCGCACCUACCGCACCCGCAGCACCGGGCAGCUGGAGCUGGGGCGGCUUCGGCCGUGCACACGCGGCACGGAGCCCACGGACCUGGCCGGCAGUCCCCCGGCCGUGGAGCAGGAACCCGGGUCGCCUACGCCCGGCAGCCCCGACGUGGAGGGGAUCCGGGCCGCGCCCCUGCGGCGGAGCCUCAGCUUCAGGCACUGGAGCGGGCCCGAGGCCCCGCGGGAACGGGCCCCGGGCCGCGGGAGGCGCCACAGCAGCUCUAUGAGCCUGGCCUGGGCGCCGGGCGGCGAGACCGUGGCCGACCCCGGGGUCGUCCCCGAGCCCGCGGCCGCCGCGCAGCCCGCCUCGGAGAAACGCAACACUCUGGACGUGGGCGAGGUGCUCAGCAAAAACGAUGCGCUCUCGGACUUGGAGCGCUGGGAGCGCAGCAAGAGCAAGAACCGCACGCUGGACAACAGCGACCUGCAGCGGCUGGAGCGCGCGCGGGCCGCGGCCGCCGGCCCCAGCGCGGUCUCGGAGCACAGGCUGCUGCGCUUCUUCAGCGGCAUCUUCGCGCGCAGGGACGGCGCACCCAGCGGCGGGCCCUCCCCGCGGAGCGGCUCCUUGCGACCCCGUGGCUACUUUAGCCUGCGACGCGCCCCGGCCGACGCGCACUCAUCCAGCGCCGAGAGCAUCGAGGGGUCCCCGCGCAGAGAUGCCUUUGUGAACAGCCAGGAAUGGACGUUGAGUCGAUCUGUCCCGGAGCUCAAAGUGGGAAUCGUGGGCAAUCUGGCCAGCGGCAAGUCGGCCCUGGUGCACCGCUACCUGACCGGCACCUACGUCCAGGAAGAGUCUCCCGAAGAUAUGGAUGCAGGUGGCAGAUUCAAGAAAGAGAUUGUUGUUGACGGACAGAGCUAUCUGCUGCUGAUUAGAGAUGAAGGGGGCCCCCCCGAGGCCCAGUUUGCCAUGUGGGUGGACGCUGUCAUAUUUGUCUUCAGCUUGGAGGAUGAAAUCAGCUUCCAGACAGUUUACCACUACUACAGUCGGAUGGCCAGCUACCGGAGCACGAGCGAGAUCCCGCUGGUGCUGGUGGGAACCCAGGACGCCAUCAGUUCCACCAACCCGCGGGUCAUCGACGACUCCCGGGCGCGGAAGCUCUCCAGCGACCUGAAGCGGUGCACAUACUACGAGACGUGUGCCACGUACGGCCUGAACGUGGAGAGGGUCUUUCAGGACGUUGCCCAGAAGAUUGUCGCCACAAGGAAGAAGCAGCAGCUGUCCAUAGGGCCCUGCAAGUCGCUCCCCAACUCACCGAGCCACUCCUCCGUCUGCUCCGCCCAGGUGUCCGCCGUGCACAUCAGCCAGACAAGUAACGGAGGCGGGAGUUUGAGCGACUAUUCCUCCUCCGUCCCAUCGACCCCCAGCACAAGCCAGAAGGAGCUGCGGAUCGAUGUCCCUCCCACUGCCAACACCCCGACGCCCGUCCGGAAGCAGUCCAAGCGCCGGUCCAACCUUUUCACCUCUCGGAAAGGGAGUGACCCGGACAAAGAGAAGAAAGGCCUGGAGAGUCGCGCGGACAGCAUCGGGAGCGGCCGAGCCAUCCCAAUUAAACAGGGCAUGUUGCUGAAGCGAAGCGGCAAAUCGUUGAACAAAGAGUGGAAGAAGAAGUACGUCACCCUGUGCGACAACGGUGUGCUCACCUAUCACCCCAGUCUGCACGAUUACAUGCAGAACGUUCACGGGAAAGAGAUCGACCUUCUGAGAACCACUGUGAAGGUCCCCGGGAAGAGGCCCCCCCGCGCCACGUCUGCCUGCGCACCCAUCUCCAGCCCCAAAACCAACGGCCUGUCCAAGGACAUGAGCAGUUUACACAUCUCACCCAAUUCAGGGAAUGUCACUAGUGCAUCUGGGUCUCAGAUGGCCGGCGGCAUCAGCCUGGGCUCCUUCAGCAGCCGACCGGACGGCAUGCAGCAGCGGUCCUACUCUGUCUCCAGUGCCGACCAGUGGAGUGAGGCUACGGUCAUUGCAAACUCGGCCAUCAGCAGUGACACGGGGCUGGGCGACUCCGUGUGCUCCAGCCCAAGCAUGUCCAGCACCACCAGCCCCAAGCUCGACCCGCCCCCCUCCCCCCACGCCAACAGAAAGAAGCACCGAAGGAAGAAAAGCACCAGCAACUUCAAAGCCGACGGCCUGUCAGGCACUGCUGAAGCCAAACGCAAAGCAUGGAAACUAAACCGUGUUGGUAGCCUGCGAAAUAUAUACAGCAGCAGCAGCACCAACACUGAAGAGCAAGAAGAAAACUUUGAGUUUAUCAUUGUGUCCCUCACUGGCCAGACGUGGCACUUUGAAGCCACCACGUAUGAAGAGAGAGACGCGUGGGUCCAAGCCAUCGAGAGCCAGAUCCUUGCCAGCUUGCAGUCAUGUGAGAGCAGCAAGAAUAAGUCCCGGCUGACGAGCCAGAGUGAGGCCAUGGCCUUGCAGUCGAUACGAAACAUCCGAGGGAAUUCGCACUGUGUGGACUGCGAGACCCAGAACCCUAACUGGGCCAGCUUGAACCUGGGAGCCCUCAUGUGCAUCGAGUGCUCAGGGAUCCACCGGAACCUCGGCACCCACCUCUCGCGAGUUCGAUCUCUGGACCUGGACGACUGGCCCAUCGAGCUCAUCAAGGUGAUGUCGUCCAUUGGGAAUGAGCUGGCCAACAGCGUCUGGGAAGAGAAUAGCCAGGGGCGGACGAAGCCCUCGCUGGACUCCACAAGGGAAGAGAAGGAGCGGUGGAUCCGGGCCAAGUAUGAGCAGAAGCUCUUCCUGGCCCCGCUGCCCUGCACCGAGCUGUCCCUGGGCCAGCACCUGCUGCGGGCCACGGCCGACGAAGACCUGCGGGCGGUCAUCCUGCUUCUGGCACACGGCUCCCGGGACGAGGUGAACGAGACCUGCGGGGAAGGCGACGGCCGCACGGCGCUGCACCUGGCCUGCCGCAAGGGGAACGUGGUCCUGGCACAGCUCCUGAUCUGGUACGGGGUGGACGUCAUGGCCCGCGACGCACACGGGAACACGGCGCUGGCCUAUGCCCGGCAGGCCUCCAGCCAGGAGUGCAUCGAGGUCCUGCUGCAGUACGGCUGCCCCGACGAGCGCUUCGUGCUCAUGGCCACCCCCAACCUGUCCCGGAAGAGCAAUAACCGGAACAGCGGCAGCGGGCGGGUGCCCACCAUCAUCUGAGGGGCGUCGGCGCCCCCCGCCCGCCACCCCUCCCUCUUCCUGGUGGUCACCUGCCACCCACCCACCCUCCCUCACCCGCAGUGAAAUCACAGAACCUGGACAGUCCUCACGGAGGCGAAGACGAGGCCCGGAGGCUGCAGGAUCGAUCGUUUCCACGAACUCCCCCACUCGACAAGAGGAGCGACCGGCUGGCCUCGGUUGGUUGAUGAUAGCACACGGCGCGGGACCUGGUCCCAUGGCCUAGAGACAGAACUCGGCACAAGGGGCGGGGAUGGACAGGGGGAGGGGAGGCAGCAGCAAGGAGACGGGAACUCUCCUUAACUGGCGGUUAAGCACAUCAGUACAUUUCACCUCUACCGCACGGAACACUUGCAUCUAUCUCAUCUCUUCUCCGAGGAGCUUGACGGCAUAAAUCAGGAGCAAGCCGAGUUUGUCAGGUCUGAAGCCCCGAUGAUGGUGUGUGUCAAAUCAGUUGUAGCUAAUCUGUCCCGGGAGAAUGCUGGCUUCAUUACACUUGUAUAGUUGAGUUCUUGCAGCAUUACCGCUGUUUAAUAGAACAUGAUUAGUCAUCACCGGGAAGAAAGCAUAUUAGCCGAGGAGGCAGUUACGCAGCACGCUCCGGUGAUUGCCGCGAUGUGAUUGCAAUACUCUGAGAAGCAUCAUAUUAUCCCAGACAUGUUCUUCCGAGCCCUUGGAGCCCUCCUUUCUAAAUUCACUGUCAUAAUUUAGUAUCUGUUUAAUUUUUCAGUCCAAAGAGAGGAAAUCAGUUGCUGAGUAGUAUUUGACGGCAGUCUCCUUGGUGCAAAAACAAAAUGGGAAAAAUAAAUAAGAGCAACUCAGAAAUUCCGGAGGAAAUCACGAAUUUCAGCCGACAGUGACAUGCCGGGUGCAUUUAGGAAGCCGGGUAAAUGCAUAAAAAGCUACCCCCCACACACACCCCCCGAACAGGAGAGAGAUUUUAUGUCCUUUUGCCAAGGAGGACGUCUGGGUCUCAGUCACUCCCGGGCCACGUUGCCCAAGUCGCACAGGCUCCCGUGUUGUGUCUUCAGAUGAGAUGUGUGGAAAUGUAUUGGAAUAAAAGAAGUUCAUAAAUAUGCAUUGAUUUUUGUACAGACGAAUGGCACCUCUGUUAAUUUAUAAAUGGAACUGGAUGUGAACUAAUAAUGUGCAACUAGUUGAGAUAAGCGGGUUACAGAUCAUUGUACAUGGAGAGUGUUCGCAGCGGUAAACACUUCCAUUAACGUGAUAUACAGCUUUGAAAAGGGGGCGCAUCAGAAUAAGAUGGUAGUGCAAUUUGCUUAUUAAAAUCGAGAAAGAGAAAAAAAAAAGGCCCAAGCCUAUUAGAGAGCGGGGAGGGGGCAUGUGAGCCCUCACUUAGAUCUGAGACCGCUUUUGCUGGCCAGGGGGAGGGGCUCUGCCACGCAGGGCACCAUUUCCCAAAUGCCAGACCCGGUGCUUGGCAGUGGUAGACGGGGACCCCCACCGAUGGUUCUGUGGCACAGACCGGCCCACAAGAAUCCCUCAGGCUGACUUGGUGGCCGGGCCGUCCAUUUCAGUACAGCCCCUGAGUGUCAUCAUGGGAUCAGGCUGCUUCAGGCUUCAGCCACCUCCAGCAUGGUGGCUAAACACAAUAACGCAAAUCCGGACACCCUGGGUUAAAAAGGAAAGGGGCGGGCUGUGCCUGGAGUCCAGGGGCAGUGUGGCAGGGAAGAGGGUGGGAGCAUGGCAAGGAACAUGGGCUGACCCGGCCCAGGACCACAGGACCACGUUUGCCCGGCAGCCUCGGAACAUUCCUUGCUCCCCUAUAGUAAAUCUUCUAUUUUGUAAGAGUUUUUCCUCUUCUUUCACUUUUUUUUUAAAAAAAAUUAAAGUGGGUGGGAAUAAAUAAAGCUUUAUACAGAAGUUAUAUGGAGGCCAGUGUUCCGUGGGCACCUGUAAGCUCCCUUCAGCUCCGGGGAACGUGGCCGUUUCCACAAAGGCCAGGUGCAGACAGCAGGCCCGGGUCCCUCCGCCGAGUUCAGGGCUGUGCGCUGCCGCUGUGCGGUGGUGGUAAACGUGAACAGGAAGAAAAGUCGUUGCCUGUUUUUGAAGAAGCAGCACUGCCCUAGCCCAGCUCCAUACAUUAGCCUCCACGCAGCCGCUAGCACAGACUGUAUGUAGUGAGCACAGAUAGAGUAUAAAUGAAAUUCUUAAGUUAUUUCAUCGUAGUGAGUCCCCACUGUAGGGAUGCUUUAUCACAGUGAAGCCUUCUGAAAGGAAAGGGGAUUCCUCGUCAGGCUUCUCUUGGGAUGUAUAUGAGUAUGUACAUAUGAUUAUAUGUGUUUAUAAUAUAAUAUUUUCCCAAAUGACUUGUUUUUUCACAGCCUUUCACGGCCCGAAUGCUAGAUUGGUUCUCCCCCUUCCCCCCCUCCAGCACGGGGACCUCACGGUUCCUCCUGGGAAAACUCGGCCCCUCUUCUGCUCUUUUCAGUGACGGUGGUGGCUCGAGGGGGCAGCCUGCUUUCUUGAGUUUGGGCAACAGAGGAAAGGCAUCCGUGGGUCCCCAGGGUUUUGUUUCCCGGCCCAGGUGACGGGGAGCUAAUGUUUGUAUCUCGGUAUCAGACUAGAAGCCCUUUGCCGACAGCGCUGUCGACCCGUCUGAGAGCCUCACUAACCCCCGGGCUGGGCAGCAAGGACCAGGCUGGUGUCAGGAAGAACAGUUUGGGGCGGGGCCUGAGUUAGCAUUGUUUGUGUCCUUGUGCGCCCUGUGCAGUGACGGUGCCGUGAGAACCCACACGCCCUUCCUGCUCAGAAUCCACGUUUUCCCUUGGAGGAGAAACCGCCGCUGGAGAAGGGCAGGCGGUCACUCGUGAGGGUGGCCACAGUGGCCUCGCUGGGUUCCUUCCGCGGCGAAGAAAACCCCGCAGAGGAAGUAGCCUUGAUUCUGACCCGGCGUGGGUGAGCCUCGAGGACCAGGGUGGACAGACGGUUUCCGAAGCCCAGAACCCUAGUCGUGGUCCCCGGUCCCUUUCGUUUCCUGUCCUCCCAGGAGGUGAGCAGCCUGAGGGUGAGUGAGUGACGUGCUCACGGGUCCUCGGUGCCCCGGAAGGUGCAGUUUCCUGUCGCCUGGUGAGCACACACCGUGUGUGAUUGUCCCCGACAGCGGCGAUGGCGGCAGGUGCUUGCUGGCUGUAGGGCGCAGAGAGGGCAGCUCUUACUGACCUGCCCGGGGCUGGAGGCCCAGGUCAGCACCUCCCUGCGGGGCGUGAGUCGGGCAGUGCAGGGCCUUGGCCCCUUCCGCCCCUCUCCUGAGGAGUCUGCUUGGACCGGCCUCUGCCAUCCAGCGUAGCCCCCGUCUGUCCCAGUUUACAGAGUCCUCACAUAUGCAGGGUCAGUCCCCACAUGUGCAAAGAAGCCGUCACUGACCUCAUAGGGGAAAAGCACAGCCCAGCGAGACAGCCAGCCCAGGGUCAGGCCGCCCGGGGUCACCGCUUCGCUGUCACACCUGUGCAGCCUCGGGCGCGCCUCCAGCUUCUCGCACUUUCCUCAUCUGGCACUGGGUGGCCUGGCAGGGGGUGGUGACAUGUCAGACCAGCGUGGCGAAUGGGAGCCCGAUGCCCAGCCAGGGGCUGGAUGCUCAGAGAUGGGUGUGUUUAUUAAGAACUGAGAGGUGGGUAGGACCAAAGCCAGAGCACAGGCCCGGAGAGCUGCCCGAGUUGGCGCCGUGUCCUCGGGAGCUGGUGGCGCACCUGUACCCCCCUCCGUGUGAGCCUCUGACCCUCUCUCUGCUGAGCCUGUUGCUGCUCAGAGGCCCCUGCCCCCGAAGGCCCUCUCCCCAGGGGGAUGAGCCCAAACUGCCCAGUUACCAUCCCGGCAGCCCCACUUACCAAAUUGUACCCUCCGUCUCUUCAGUCCGAGAUUGAUCUUCCAGAGGCAAAGCCAGGGAGGAGCCUUGCCCUAUGCCACUCGUAAUGUUGCCUUAGGCCCAAGAUGACCCCCUGUGCCCUGCUCCCCGUUGUGUGGCUGGCGUGGGCAGGCCCCUCCCUUCAGAUGCCACCUCUGGGCGCCACGAGGCUGCUGUGUCACACUCCUGUCUGGUCCUCGUUUCCGGGUCCUUCUACCUCCUCUGAACGUCGGGGCCUGCGGAGGGCACCCUGGCUGGCAGGUGUGGCUCUGGGCACUGCCGCCCUCGCUGUCUCCUCUCCCUCCCUGGGCAUCACCUCCGGGGCUGCCUUCCCGUUGUUCACUUGUCUUGUGCCUGCACCUGGCGGUCGCAUCUUCCCCCUCGAGUUGCCAACGGGUCCUGUCCAUCCCCCAAGCCAGCUUCGCUCAUGAUUGACAUGGGUCCCCAUGGCUCCAACUCUGCCAGCCCUUUCUCCUUGCAUUUAGAAUGUUCUGGAAACCAGGAGGACAUCCACAUUCCCGCCUAGGGAGGCUCAGAAGCCUGGCAACAUGUAGCUGCUCUAAGAGUGUGGUGAGGUCCCAGACACGUCCCAAAAGGCAGAAUCGGAAGCAGAUCCGUUACUCCGUGGGCUGCUUCCCGCCCCCACUGCUCGCUCUCUCACCCUCUCUCUCUCUCUCUCUCUCACACACACACACACACACACACACACACACACACGCCCGCAAGGCCGGUGCGACUUUCCUAGAACUUCCCUGGGUUGUACUUAUGUCCU